GACAUUUGCUCCAAGCAUGAGCGACAUCAAUCAUCGCGCAUUUACACCCUACCAGUGGAAUUGAUUGAGUUGUCAACUGCAUUUAUUGCGUACACGAUCAUACAGUUCGCUUCCUGAACUUCAUUCGCGACGCGCGUGGUGUACUUUGUUGUAGCGUUACUAUUUUUUGAUGCUGAAGGCGCCCCAUCGACAAACAAAAAAAUUACAAGUAUCGAAUUCCUGAUAAAUUUCUAUACAUUGAAUUUUCGAUCUACGAUUUUUUAAAACAUUUUUAACGCGUACGAAAAAUAUUUUAAUAUCCGCUCGAUCAAUUUGUCCAUGUCGCGUUUGUGAACUUGGUGAACUGUGUUUUUAGAGGAAAAUCCUCGCUCAGGGACACCUCGAGAAUGGAGAAGGAAGACAUCAUCCUGACCCCAGGUCAGCGAAUACGACCACCUGGUGGGGACCAACUGGCCUCUGAUCUCCUCCAGAAGCUCUACGGCCUGAAGACAACCCUUGUGACCGAAUUGAACGCGUACGACGACCGUAACUACCGCGUCCUUUGCGAGGAUCUUCCAUCCAAUCCUCAUAUACCUUCCAUCAGCAAGCACGGCUACGUCCUGAAGAUCGUCAACUCUCUGGACUCGCGGAAGACACAGGUGAUAGAGGCCCAGACGGAGAUGCUGAUCUUCCUGAACCAACGAAACGUUAUCUGUCCCGAACCAGUGAAAAACCUAAACGGAUCCUAUUACUCCCUGGAGAAACUGAAAGCGAACGGUUCCACGGACAGCUACGCGGUGAGACUGCUGGUGUAUCGACCCGGAGAGCUUCUGCAUCGGGUACCAAUCACUGGCGAACUGCUUCGACACGUGGGCAGGUUCACGGCCAACCUCGACCAAGUCCUCACAGGUUUCUCCCAUCCCGCCUACGACGACCACAGCACUCUGUGGAUGUUGACCUCGGUGCCCAAGCUGCGUCAGUUCACUUACGCAGUGAGCGACGCGUUACAAAGAACGCUGGCGCACCAGGUGAUACACGCCUUCGAGCAAAACGUCCUCCUAGCGAUCCCCCAGCUGGAGCAGGGCGUCAUACACGGGGACUUGAACGAGCAGAAUAUCGUGAUCAGUCCUAACGGCAGGGACAUAGCCGCCGUGAUAGAUUUCGGGGAUUCGCACAGGGCUUGUUUGAUAUUCGAGCUGGCCAUCGCUCUUUGCUACAUGAUCCUGCAGGCUGGCGACCUGGCGAUGGGCAAGCACGUCGUCGAGGGCUACCAAGAGGUCAGGAAGCUGACCGAUCUGGAGAAGAGUAUCCUGAAGGUCACCGUGUCCGCGAGGAUCUGCCAGAGCCUCGUCAUGGGCGCUUACUCUCAUAUCCACGAUCCUCAAAACGAGUAUCUCCUUAUCACGCAAAAGUCGGGAUGGAGUUUGCUGAAGAAACUUUGGCCGCUCGAUCAGGAGGAGGUUCUGCGUAUUUGGGGAUUGAUGGACUGAUGGGGAGAAAUGUGAUGGCUUUGAGUGGGGAAGAACGGGAUGAUUUCGAGGGGGAUGACAUUAACUGGUCGCUCGGGGGGCUCCCCUUUCUUUGUGGAUAGAGAUUUUCGAGUGAGAAAAGUUUUUGGGUGAGAGAGAAAUUGUUUUGGGAUUAUGCUCGGUAUUUUUACGAAACUCAUUACAAUACGUAAAGUACACAAGGAUAAGGUGUAGUCAAUGAUUAUGAGCCUUAAUAUAGCGAGAUUGGGGUAUUACUAAGAAAAAAACCUGAAUUUAUGCAUAUUCUUAUCGAUUACUUUCGCAAUGGUAACGUCACGGUGAAACUGCGAAAAUAAAAGUCGAUUCUAAGAUUCACAGGUAAAGAAACAAUUUUAAUAUUGUAAAAUCAGUAUUAAACGCAAUCAGUACAAAGUCAGUAUUACAUGCAAUUGGUACAAUCAUAGUGAUAACACGAACGACCAGUUGAUUUCCAUGCGACUAUAGCAAUAAAAGUCUUAUUCGUAUAUAGUUUGUAUCGUCACGAUCAAUUUUAUAAUGUCAAUUAAAUAAUAUAAUCAUUUAAUAUAAAUAAGCUUGUUAAAUAUGCUUAAAAUCGUUAGGAGCUUCCAGCUCCGUUUGAACGACGUUCGAAUAUCAUUGUCAAUUAGUGAAGCAAUAAAUACACCCAUUUAAAUAAAUUUACAGUUGUUUCAUUGAAUGAAUCUCUUGGAGAAAUUACUUAAGGUACUGUGCAGUGAUAUAUCCUCUGGUUUUAUUCGUAUUUAGGCAGUUACAUAUUUACAUAGAUAUAAUGAACAAUAAUGCUCUUCGUAUAAUAGUGUGGAGUCACUUUACAUAACUAGAUCGUGGUAUAUACAAAAAUGCAGAUAUCGUAAAUUAAUUCACGGUGAAAUUCGUGUGUUACUGGCAGACGACAUUAAAGAAAAACACAUACCUUGUGUGUAAACUGGAUCGAAUAACAAUUACCGUGGACUUUAAUUACUGACUAAAAUGUCUUGUCGAAAUACAUGGAUAAUGUACAGAAUUUGCACGUAAUUAUACCGUAAAGACAAUAAAUAUUUCGAUCCUGGAUAAUACGCUGUUACCUGCGCUUAAGGUGUAGAAGUUAAUUUUUUCUUUAUCCGCGUGCGCUUUCAUCUUAUUUACGUAGCUUGUAAUAUAUAUAUAUAUAUAUAUAUUUAUAUAUAUUUAUAUAUUUUCAUAUAUAUAUUUAUAUAUUUAUAUAUAUAUAUUUUUUUUUUGUAUUUCGAUUUCAAUAAUAUACUAAUUUAUUUAUAUCUCAUUUCAUUUACGUCAGCUCGUUUUGGCAAACUGUCUAGCUGUGUUGAGGCAAAUUCGUUGAUAGCGAAAAUCUGUUCACAAUAUCGUACAAACGAGAUUGAAAGUUGGACGUGAAAAAUUCAACGCAAGAAAGAAACGUACGGGGGCUCGAGAUUCGUGCUCAAAACAAAGUAGUCUUUAUU